ACGCAGCUCCUCGUGUUUCUCUGCUAUUUGCAUUUUUUAAAUUAUUUUUGACUGAUGUCAAAAUGCCACGAAAGAAGCCUUUCAGUAACAAACAGAAGAAGAAACAGCUCCAGGUGAAGCGGGAGAGAAAAAGAGGUGAGACGGGUUCCCAUCCCAACAGUCGGAAUGCCAGCGUGGAGCGGGCCGCAGGCCGGGAUCGCCAUUCCGAUACGUCUGACAGCGAAACCACAGACUUAAGGAAAAUCAACCAGCAACCCAUUACCAGAAUAACCAAACAUGACCCAAACAGGUUCCGUCUGCACUUUGAGAAGGAGAGUAAAGAGGAUGUGGAGAAGAGGAGGAAAAUGGCCCGAGAGAAGGUUCUGGAAGCCGUCGCGGAGAAAGAGCUGGAGAUUAGCAUCGAGGACGUGUACCCUGAGGAGAACGGGCUUAGUUUCCCCCGGCGACCACCGUGGCACUACAGGAUGCAGCGGGAGGAGCUGCUGAAGAAAGAGGAGCGCUCCUUCAGGGAGUUCCUGGACUCCCUUCACGCCAAGAACCCCCCAGGAACACUGAGUCACUUUGAGCAUAACCUGGAGACCUGGAGACAGCUGUGGCGUGUGCUGGAGAUGUCUGAUGUGGUUCUGCUCAUAGUGGACAUUCGACACCCGGUGCUGCAGUUUCCCCCGUCGCUGUAUAAGUAUGUGACAGCGGACCUACAGAAGCAGAUGAUUCUGGUUCUGAAUAAGGUUGAUUUGUGCCCCGCCCCACUGGUGUUGGCAUGGAAACACUACCUGACCACACUUUAUCCCAGUCUGCACUGUGUGUGCUUCACCUCUCACCCAGGACAACCAUACAGCACCAUCCUGCAGAAGAAGAGGAUGAGGAGGAAAGUGGGCUGGAACAAAGCAGGAGGACCAAUCCACAUCAUGAGGGCGUGUCAGGAGAUCACGGCAGGAAGAGUGGAUCUGAGCAGUUGGGAGAAGAAGAUUCAGAGGGAUGCCAUCGCCGUGGGGUCGGAAGGGGACGGGACGGACGACGGGGCGGAGUCUGUUGUCAUGGAGCACCAGAGUGACUCCGCCCUGGAGAUGAACAGCCCCACCCAGGAGCUGUACAAGGAUGGAGUUCUAACGCUCGGAUGUAUAGGUUUCCCUAAUGUGGGAAAGUCGUCAGUGCUGAACAGUCUGGUGGGGAGGAAGGUGGUGAGUGUGUCUCGCACUCCUGGUCACACUAAAUACUUCCAGACGUAUUACCUCACGCCCACCGUCAAACUGUGUGACUGCCCAGGCCUGGUCUUCCCCUCCCGCGUCGACAAACAGCUACAGGUCUUGGCUGGUAUCUACCCAGUGUCUCAGCUGCGGGAGCCGUAUACGUCAGUGGGCUACCUGUGUGAACGAACUCCGUUUGUCUCCUUACUCAACCUCAGACAUCCCAGUCUGUCCGACCAGCCGCCCGACGUCCACAACACCGGGGCCGAGGCCUGGACGGCCUGGGACGUGUGUGAAGCGUGGGCGGAGAGGAGGGGCUAUAAGACGGCCAAGGCGGCGCGGAAUGACGUGUACCGAGCGGCCAAUAGCCUGCUGAGACUGGCCAUGGAUGGGAGGGUCUGUUUGUGUCUCCGCCCCCCAGGCUACACAGAGCAGACAGAUCAGUGGGAGUCCCAUCCAGACCUGGCUGAGAUCAUCGCUUUACAGGGAAGAAAGGAUGAGGAAGAGAGUGGAGAGAGGGAUGAGGAGGAGGAGGGAGAGUCCAGUUCGGAGGGAGAGGAGGAAGAACGGGACAGAGAUGCAGACGACGAUGACGACGAUGAUGAUGAUGAUGAAGAGGAUGGCGCAAAGACAGAGAAAAAGGACACACAGGCAUCUAGCAUCACUGUAAACAUGUUUAGUGUUUUAGGAGAGAAUGAAUGUGAGUGACAGAUGAGGGAAUGAGGGAUCUCUCUCUCUCUCUUCCUCUCGUUCUCUUUCUCUCUUCCUCUC